AUGCUAAAUCGACGACGUCGACAUCAGACGCCAACAUUCUUGGAAGGCACGCCAGGUCGAUAUCUAAGGAGAGAGGCACCUCCCUCUUUGCCCACUUGUGAUGGUGUAAUUCAAGGUAUCCAAGCUGGAUUACAACAGUUGGCUCAUUCAUCCCAAAGCUUGCAGUGUGCUGGGAGCGAUGUUAAUAGUUGCCGGAUAGAGGGAAAUUCCGUUCGUACAAAACCAGAAUUGUCGUCGCAAAGUUUCAGUGAAAGUCGGACAUCCAGUCAAUACUUGUCCAAAAAGGGUCUUACGUCGUCACUUAGCAUUGGUAAUGUAGUACAGCAUGGUACACAAACGACAAUUGCAGAAAGCGGUGAACAGCGUCUGGUGUCCAUUUCAUUGCAGAGUUUGCCAGGUCGUUCGAUAAGUGCACCAUUUGCUGGUGAGACCGGUGCAGUACUAAAGGAGGAUCUCACAUUACCACCAAAUUGGGCUGUCGAAGUGACAUCAGAAGGAAUUCGUUACUAUGUGGAUCACAAUAAUCGGCGGACACAUUGGAUUCAUCCUCUUGUUAAAGAAAAUUUGCCUUUGGGCUGGACAAAGCAGUUUGAUUCGAUGAAUGGAGUAACAUAUCACAAUAAGCUAGAUGGUCGAACGCAGUUGGAACAUCCUGGCUUAGCAACACCUGUAAAUUAUGCACAGAAUAAUUCUGCAUCACAUUUAACACGACGUGCUGAGAGUACAAUUGAAAAAUUGAAUAUUAUUGGUGAAGAUAUUCCUGACUGGCUCCGUUUGUACUCUCGUGCCCCGUAUGAAUUAGAUCAUUUACUAGAGUGGCCGUUAUUCCGCUUACCACAGCUAGAACAGUACGAUAAUCAGUUGAUGAAGCUGUACAAACAAGAAGGCAUUGAUAUUGCAAUCAAAUAUGAGCGUUUUCGGCGUGAAAUCAACCGUGAAAUUGCACGGCGACAACAAAAAUUCAUGGCAUCUGCAAAUGCACUUUAG